CUGGAUGUUCCAAGAACUUAUCCCUCGGUAUUACUGCACCAAAAACGCUGGAAGGCCUGAGUGGAUCCUGUUUGCUCAUUCCAUGCAGUUUUCUAGUGAUGUCAAGAGAAACGUCUGAUGAGGAGAGACAAAAAUUUGAAGUUUCGCUUCAAAGUCACCCAGACAUUGGACAGGAUUCACAGAAUGUGACUUACAACAGCAGUCACCCAGAAGACGACCAUGAAAUGAACACGACUGGAAACCUGGAAAGGUUUGACGACAGGAGAGAAACGAUUGGCGUUUGGAUAACAGACGAACACGGGGUUGAGUCCUUUCCGCAAAAUGUGAUUUACAACAGCAGUCGGUCACAAAACAGAUACACAGUGAACAUCAUUGGGAACCUGACAGAGAAGAACUGCACCACCCUCUUUUCUAGCAUACAACCAAUUCAAGCGACGAAAUUCUACUUCAGGAUGGAGAGCGGGCCGUUCAGAGCCACGGCUGUCUGUGAUCCUGUUCAAAUAACAAUGAGAGAUUCUGCUUGGAGCCCCAGGAUUGAAAUCUCAGGUGACGUGAAGGAGAAGAACUCUGUCACCGUAACGUGCUCAGCUCUCACUCCCUGUCCACAAUCACCUCCUGGACUCUCCUUGAACCUCCAACCAAACCCUCACAGACAGAUGGAGAGGAACAAAGAUGGAACGUUUACAACUACAAUCCAGCAGAACAUCACUCUGUCAGAGAUCCACGACGGAUACAACAUCACCUGCUUUGCCAGAUAUCCUGUGGAUGGAGGAAAAAACACAAGAAGGACAAAAGUGACUCUCAGUGUUUCCUAUUCUCCCAAGAACACCUCAGUAUCCAUCACUUUAGCAAAAGGUAGAUGGGUGGAGCUGCGUUGCUCCAGCAGAGCCAAGCCUCCCGUCAGCGUCUUCACCUGGUUCGAGAAAACCUCAAAUGGAGCCUUGAAAGUAGGUGAAGGAGAAAAUUAUGGACUCAAUGCCACUGAGGAGGGAGCUUAUUACUGUGUGGCCAUGAAUGAUGUUGGUAAUCAGACAUCUCCAGAGAUUCGUCUGAUUGCUCCAGUAAUAGCGUAUGAGCCAGCUGAUGAAAUUGCUGAAAGAAAAGGAACUGACUUUUAUCAAAUUCAGACGACACUGUUUUCAGGGGCAGGGCUCCUUGUCCUUGUCUGCCUGCUCAAAAUCGUCAUGUGGUAUCAUAAGAUCAAACGUAAAACUCCACAACAGGGCCAUCGGCAGACGGCGACAGGAGGCGACGUACACACAGAUCUCCAGAUCGCUAAGAAAAAGCAGCUCAGCAGAGUCUGA